AUGAUGCUCUCCAUCAUUUUCCAGGUGACCUGCAGCCUGACUGCCUGGCUCUCCCUCUACGCCUGUUUCUGCUAUUGGAAUAAGCACCGUACUUACGAGUGGAGUUGCCGGCUGGUCACUCUGAUGCAUGGGGUCAUUGUCACCUGCCUCUCUGGCUACGUUGCUUUUAUCGAUGGCCCCUGGCCUCUAACUCAUGCAGGGACACCAAACACGCCUCUCCAGGUCCGUGUGCUGUGCCUUACCUUGGGUUACUUUAUCUUUGACCUCAGCUGGUGCAUGUACUUCAAGACAGAAGGAGAUCUCAUGCUGUCUCAUCACACGCUGAGUAUUUGUGGCAUGGUGCUCGUGCUGGGGCUCGGCAAGUCAGCCACCGAAAUCAAUGCCAUUGUCUUCGUCAGCGAGAUCACCAACCCGCUGCUGCAGGCCCGCUGGUUCCUGCGGGAAACCGGGCACUACUGCAGCUUCAUUGGGGAAGCGGUGGAUGUCUCCUUUGUGGCUCUCUUUAUGGUGCUGCGGAUUGGGGUGGGAGGCCAAAUCAUGUAUUCUGUGAUUGUCUCCUCCAGACCCAUAUGGCUACUCAAGGCUGGAGGCCUGGCUAUGUACAUAGUGUCCCUGGGGUUCAUGAUUGAAAUCUGCAGCUUCACUAGGAGGAAAGUGUUGAAAAAGUACCAUACCUGGAGGAGUGUGAGCGGCGGGGACAUGCCCCUGAAAACCAAUGGGCAUCUGACACCUCAUUAACCUUGAGCUGAAUGGACUAAUGUGUCUAACCUGGCAAUAAGGAACUGGGAAUCCUGGCCUGGGCAGUUGAGUUCUGAGAGCGAGAACUGUUCAACACCAGCAAUAAUGUGAAAUGGACCGUUUAGUAUUGGCUGUCACGAGCUGGAUGAGCCGGAAUCGGAUGAUGCUGCAGAUGUCUAGCAAAUGCUGAUGGGGAAAGGGAAUCCUACAGAAGGGUGUGACGGUACUAACUUCUCCAGCACUGAUAUGGUCUCAAAAGGGAGGCUAGAUACCACUCGAGCUGUUCAGUCUGCUCCAGGCAAACUGCACAGUCCAGGCACACUUUGUAACUCCAACUUCCUUCUCAGAGGCAAUAGGUCUGUGGGGAGUCUUUCCCAAGCUACGCAAUAACAGAAUGCACACUUGGACGAGAGGCACUGCACGAAUGCCAAGUAUUUAUUGUGGUUGAGCCUGGUAUCUUUAGAAGCAAAGUUGUUUUUUGAAGGGAUGGGACUGUAGUUGGGCUAAUAACUGAGGCAAUGUCUUUGCCUGGUUGCUUUUCAUGAAAUGCCUCUUCCCCCUUCAUCUUGCUUCUGCUAUUGGUAUUUAUACUCUCACACAACCCAAUUCUGGUCUUAUUUGUAGCAAUGUAACUUCAGUGGAGUUACUCUGCCGUUGCACUAGCAAAAGUGGGAUCAGAAUUGGGCCCAUCUGCUCAGUACACUUCUUUAUAGAGAGGUGUUCCUAUGGAGUGGUUCUCGUUGGCCGUCUCGGCAAUGCAAGACAAUGGACUGAGGGGGUUAUGGAGACUGAAACCCACCCCUCACCCUGCUGCUAAAGGGAUCCUUUCAGGGGAAGGAUAAUAGAGGAGAAUCUUGUCCCGAUGCCAUACUUGCUCUGCACAUGCACCCUCUCCAGAGGUGUGAAGCCAGAAUCUUUCAUUAGUGCUAAAGUCGCAUGAAAACCAGACACUGUUUUGCAGGUGUGACAAUUAAAUGUCUGUGUGCAAGUGUGUAGGCUUCAAUGCAGUGCCCCUUCCCGGGCCCUGCCCUGGAUCUGUCGCAGUGGGCUCCAGUAUGUUUUAAUCUCCCUGCACUUGCACUUGAUUUCCCUCUGGCUUUACUGUGUGGAUUGCACUAUGCCGGAGACAGCAGCUCCCUUUUCAGCUCUGCUGUAAAACCUCUCCUGACGAAUGGCCAGGUGUUGGCCUCAGGCUACCUAGGUUGAUUUCCCUGCCCCCUCUGAAAUUUCAUCAGGCUGGGGAGGGUGAGCCUUCCCCCUGCUCUAUCAAAGCCAUGGUGUCACUGCUGCUGGGGGAUUUGAAGGCAGGAUGAAUGACUAUAGUGGGGAAUACAGCUCCUGUGGUGAUCAAGGGUCUUCUACCCCUCACCCCCUUAUUCGGAGCCUAUUGUGGCUGCCGCUCUUUGCGCUGUUAUCUGCCUUGGGGUUGAGGGUGGGGGAAGUGGUGCA